AUGGGGAGAUGGUCUUCUUCUGGAUGUGGUGGAUCAAAUUACUUUUUCCUCAGACUUGGUGUAGAUGGCGGAGUGAACCUUCUUGAGCUCAUCAAUGGUGCACAUACGGAAAACGCGGACAGCGCGGGCGAUGAGGUGAACGGUUUCUGGAGUGUUUUGCUCGUGCUCUUGAACUUGACGGAAAAUCUCUUGGAGUUGCUCCAUCUUUUGCUCGGUAGUGAUAACCUUGAAUGGGUUAACCUCAACCUUGUCUCCUUGUUGGUAGAAUUGCUCGAUGAGCAUCUCGUUUUUGCCAGAGUAAACAAUGUCUUCCUUUGGUCCAGUGGCCUGAAAUGUGUAGACGGAAUGAGCCUCGGACUGCUCAAGUUGUUCGUUCUUGAAGGUGUAGGUGUAGACGGUUUGUGGUCUGACAAAUUGUCCCUCCUUCUCGCAUUCCUUGCACUCAGAUCCGGAACGAAGUCCGUAAGCGGUUUCUGGGCGAGUGAUGCACUUGUCGAAGUUGACAGACUUGGUGUAGAUGGUCUUCUCUCCUUCUUGAACGAUGGUGUAAGCGACUUCACAAUCUCCUUCCAUUGUCUUCUCGUGAACAUUGAAGAAACGGGAAUCCUUCUCGGUUUCCAUGUCCUUCUCCUCUUGGUUCAACUCGUCAACUGGAGCAGAUCUGUGGAAAAUGAGGCCAUUUCUCAUUUGAACACGGAAUGGAAGUUCGAUAAGCUCCUUGAGCUCAUCAGAAAGCUCGAGGUGUUCCAAAGACUCCAUCUUUGGCCAUUGCUCGGUUUGUGGGAGAUGGGCAGCAGAGUAGGUGACAUCGGUCAAUUGAAGACGUACUCGCUCUUUGGAGAGAAGGUGCGGUCGAAAGCCGGGGAAGCGGCAAUCGCCAAGGCGACAAGAGAGGCAAUGAUGAUCGACUUCAUUGCGAGAGUGAUUAUUCCUCUUCCAGGCAACCUUUUUAUACAGGAACACGAAAUUGACAUUGUCCUCGAAAAUCAUCCUAAUUUGGCAGAUUUCACCGAUAACCUUCAUGUCAAUUGUCGAUUUACCUCAUUAUCAGUACAGAGUGAAGUGCUCGUGUCAGGCAUAAACGUUCAGAGUACAAGUGUCGCUCUAUUGCAUCUAUUCGACGUGUUGAAUGUGUUGGACAGCUAUGUGACCGCUAUUAUCUAUUUUAAUAAUUGUUGCAAACAUUUGAGAAUCAAGACAUUUUAA